UUUUUUUUUUGUUUGGUUUCCCCCUGCGCGCAGCCGUCCCUGCUGUUAGAAGCAGAGCUCCACAUCCAGCUAGUCCCUCUCUACAUCUGUUGCCUGCACUUGGAUGAACUUCCUGAUGAGAGAUCCAAUCAUACAAGGAUCGAGUAUGGCAUAUCAUCCGUUUAUACCUCACCGGGGACCGGAGUUUGCCAUGAGCGCGAUGCUGGGCCACCAGCCGCCGUUCUUCCCGGCCCUGGCUCUCCAGCACGGCGGCUCCCUGUCCCUGCCGGGCGGCCUGGGGAAGCCGAUCAUGGACCAGCUGAUGGGAGCCGCGGAGUCCGGCCUCCACUUCUCCUCGCUGGGGCACCAAGCCGCGGCCGCCCACCUCAGGCCUCUCAAGACCCUGGAGCCCGAGGAGGAGGUGGAGGACGACCCCAAAGUUCACCUGGAAGCCAAGGAGCUUUGGGAGCUCUUCCACAAGAGAGGCACCGAGAUGGUGAUCACCAAAUCCGGAAGGCGGAUGUUCCCCCCUUUCAAAGUGAGGUGCACUGGCCUGGACAAGAAGGCCAAAUACAUUCUCUUGAUGGAUAUAGUUGCAGCCGACGACUGCAGGUACAAGUUUCACAACUCCCGCUGGAUGGUGGCGGGCAAGGCCGACCCCGAAAUGCCAAAGAGGAUGUACAUUCACCCGGACAGUCCGGCUACUGGCGAACAGUGGAUGUCAAAAGUCGUCAAUUUUCACAAACUCAAGCUGACGAACAACAUCUCGGACAAGCAUGGAUUUGUAAGUUCAACUAAUACCAUUCUGAACUCCAUGCACAAAUACCAGCCUCGGUUUCACAUCGUGCGCGCCAACGACAUCCUCAAGCUCCCGUACAGCACCUUCAGAACGUAUGUUUUCCCUGAGACGGACUUCAUCGCCGUGACUGCGUAUCAAAACGACAAGAUAACCCAGCUGAAAAUUGACCAUAAUCCCUUCGCCAAAGGAUUCCGUGACACGGGCAACGGGAGACGGGAAAAGAGGAAACAGCUGGCCCUGCAAUCCAUGCGCUCAUACGAGGAGCAGCAGAAAAAGGAGAACGGGGCUUCAGACGACUCCUCCGGGGAGCAGGCUUCCUUUAAGUGCUUCGGCCAGGCCUCGUCCCCCGCCGUGUCCACCGUGGGGCCCCCACACCUGAAAGAUUUCUGUGACAGCGACGAGGACAGCGACGACGAGAGCAAAGAUGGACACACCAAGGACGGUCCGGACUCCAGCAAGAUCUCCACGACCACGGAGGACGGGAAGGACCACGAAGCGAGCCCGGCCAAGGGACAUGCCUUUGGCAGCAGUGACUCUAGCAGCAGGGUGAGGGACAGCGGCCCCAGGACUGAGAAAAGCCAGGCGGACUCUCGGCAGAGCCCCAUCACCGUCAUCUCGAGCACCACCCGCUCCGGAGAAGACCUGAAGAGCCCCGGCCUGGAGCAGCCCAAAGCGGACGAGUGCAGGUCGCAGAUCAGCAAGGACAGCUUCAUGCCUCUGAGCGUGCAGACGGACAGUCCGCACAUGGGACACAGCCACAUGCACAAUUUCGGAUUUCCGACAGGCCUAACGGGACAGCAGUUCUUCAACCACUUAGGGGGCGCGCAUCCCUUUCUUUUGCACCCCAGCCAGUUCAACAUGGGGGGCGCGUUCUCAAACAUGGCCGCGGGCAUGGGACCACUAUUGGCAGCGGUGUCCUCGGGAGGGGUGAGCGCCAUGGACACGGCGAGCAUGGCAUCGUCGCAGCAGAGCAUGACGGGAGCGCCGGGCCUGCCCUUCCAUCUGCAACAACACGUCUUGGCAUCGCAGGGCCUCGCCAUGUCCCCCUUCGGCAGCUUGUUCCACUACCCCUACACGUACAUGGCAGCGGCCGCAGCGGCCUCGUCCGCCGCCGCCGCCGCCUCCUCCGUGCACCGGCACCCGUUCCUGAACGCGGUGCGGCCCCGGCUCCGGUACAGCCCCUACUCCCUCCCCAUGACGGGCCCGGACAGCACGCUGCUCCCCACCGGCAUGCCCUCCAUGGCGGGCGUCGGGGGCGACCUGAAGGGGGACGGCAUGGUCCCGGCCAGCCCGGUGUCCGCUGUCACCCUGGAUUCCACCUCGGAGGUGACCGGCCACUCCAACAUGUCCUCGGUGUCCAUGUCCCCAAAAACUUGUGCGGAGAAAGACGCGGCCAACGAGCUGCAGAGCAUCCAGCGCCUGGUCAGUGGACUGGACUCGAAUCAGGACAGGGCACGGAGCGGAUCCCCCUAG